GUGUGUGUGUGUGUGCGUCUGUGUGCGAGCACAUGCCCGUUGCCAGCGUGUGCAAUCGGCUGAGAACAGUCGCUGUACGUGGUUAUAGCUAUGUGCCGGUUGGGCCUAGCUCGCGCUGCAUAUUCCCCGCAUAAUAGCCAGCAUUCACGUUUAAGUGCUCAGGUUGCUUCACAUGAUAAUCAGCCAGCCGGCUCUCUUUCUCCGCCCCUUCCCCCUCUUCCUCUCUCGCGCGCGCUCUCCCCCUCCCUCUCUCGCUCUAGCGUGCAGCACGUAAGCAGUGUGACAGUAGCGGAGUUACGCGUGCACGUAUAUACACCGAGUAACCGGCGGGAAGCACCACAGCGUGCGUUGCCUGCAGCGCUGGGCGUCUCUCUCUCCUUCUUUCUCUCUGCGUGUGCGAUCGUCCGGUGGGUAAAGAUUAACAUCGUGUUGGAACUCGCCCCGACCGAAACUCGGCGUAGCAGGUGGUCGCCAGCCAGCACAACGACACUCAUAGACGACCGCAACAUAACACAACAAGAUUCCAGCAGAUGUAUACAGAGAGCAGCUAUCAUGUCGGACUGCCUUCAGCCUCAAAGCCCUGGCGCAGAAGUGGAGUACAGUGUCAGAAUGCUGCGCGGUCCGUCAAUCGAGGGCCUGCAGUAUCUGUCGAACCGCCUCGCCAGCGCUAGCGACCACGACGCGUGGCUUCAUCGAUUCAUUCACGAGGGCGGCAUCGAGGCGUUGUUUGGCUGUCUGGAGGCGCUCAGUGGAUGUGGGUUCACGGACUUUACACACUCACUGCUGCAGCUGGAAUGUGUCAACUCUGUACGGCACGUACUGGACAUCCCGUCCGGCUUCCGACACGUCGUCGGCAGCCAGCUGUGCAUCGACUGUCUAGCUAAAUCUUUGGAUACGACGAACAGCCUCACUAAGAGACAGGUAUUCGACCUACUAUCAGCGAUCUGCGUCUUCUCAGCUGAUGCCCGCAAUGCAGUCCUGCGCGCCCUGGACACGUACAAGGACUGCAAGAAGACGAGCUAUCGCUUCAGCGUGAUCAUGGCUCAGCUUCACGACAGCACGGAGACGCUGCACUACCGCACCGCUGUGCUGGGUUUCAUCAACUGCAUCAUUGCUAGCACGAGAGAUCUCCAGCCACGCGCCGCCAUCAGACAGGAAUUCAUAGGUCUGAGACUGCUUGACGCGCUAGCUAAGCUUCGUUACGAAGACGAAGACGACAUGAUGAUUCAGUGUGAAGCCUUCUACCGGCUGAUGAUGUCAGACGAUGACGCGUGCAGCGUGCGUGACGGCGUCGAUGUGCAGGACUGUCAGCAGCUGUUCUCUGCCAUCUUCAACAAGGUUUGUGACAGUCCGAAGGUUUCCUCUCUGAGAAUUAUACUGCUACAGAUGUACUACCUCGAAACAGUUAGUACUCACAGUGACACUGUGUGGAGAAACCUAGAGAAGGCCUGUGAGCAGUUCGUCCUCAACCACAAGCUCGGCCAGGCCGAGUUCCUGCUGCGAGACUCCAUCCGCGGCAUCAUGGCGGCCUCCACGAGCGGAUCAAACAUGGCGUCGACGGCCUCGCAGACGGAGCGCGACUGCAGCGCUGCCAGUGACGCGGUGGCAACAGAAGAGCGGGAGACGCAGACCGAGUCGUCGGAGAGAGCGGCGCGUUCUAGUCUCGACAGCGGCGUGGACACAGACGUCGACUCCCCUCCGCCGCUGCCGCCCAAGGUCGGGAAGCCCGCGGGAGGGGAUCAACAAGACCUGAGAUGCUCGUGUGCCAUGCAGGUCGCAGAGAGACGCAAGCGGACGGCGGGAGAUGGCGCUGCUGACGUGCGCAGACCGGUUGCUAGGAUGCGGGUUCUACCCUGGCUGCCGAUACACAUCGGCCGAUCAUCAACGGGACAAAACGUGUGGAUGGGCAAAGCGAUCAACCCGCCCUCUGUCGACUUUGACAGACUCGAGGAGAGAUUCCGCGAUGCUCGUUCAGAGGCGGCGAGAGCCGAGUUUGCGUACAUCGCUCCCAGGCAACGUGUCGGCCUGCAUCUACUGCUGCGGCGCCUGAUGGACGAACAUCUAUUGGAGAUAGAGGAUAUCGCCGGCAGCAUUGAAUCCGCCAGCACGCAGAAGUUCGAGCUCGAACGACUGAAGGAGUUGCUGGAGAUACUCCCAAACGCGCAGCAGAUGCAGCGCAUCGCUUCGAUACCAGAUGGCGCUGAUGUCGAGGACGACGUCGAUCAUCUGCUGGUGUGUCUGGCGAGGAUUCCGGAAUGUCGCGGACACAUCGAGGCGAUGGUCGGCAGGGAGGAGAUCGCACGCACGACGGGCGAACUGCGGGUGUGUCUCGCCGCCAUGGAGAGAACUGCCUGCUUCGUGCGAGAUAACGACGACAUGCAACGCCUCCUAUUGACCGUGUUAGACGUCGGCAACUUCUUGAACAACGGCACGGGACUCGGAAACGCUUGCGGCUUUGAUUUAUCAGCGCUGACGUCACUGGUACACGUACACUCCAACGUGCCUCGCCUCUCCCUGCUGAAUCACAUAGCUGAGGAGUAUCCGGAUGUCACCACCAGCUUACUGAAGGAAUUAAAAACUGUAAAGGAAGCGAGGAGAUAUUCCCUGGCCGAUAUCGAGGAAAUGACUUCAUCAAUGAGCACUAGAGUCAAGGAGUUGAAGAAAAUAUUUGAUAGAGAAAAUAUCACUUUCCGGCAUCAAUUCAGCACAUUCAUGGAGAGAACGAGUUGCGGACUCUUCGAAAUCCGAAGUCGAACGAAACGAAUAAAAUCGCUAUCUAGUCAGCUAGCGGUGUACCUUGGCGUGGAGAAGGCACCGCACCCCCAUCUAUCGGAUCUUAUCGUGACACUUUGCGAGUUUCUCAACGAUUUGGAAUUGGCUCAGCGAGAGAACAGUCAGCGGAGGCUGCAGUGGCAGCAGACAGAGAAGCGGCGCCGCCAGCUCCAACAGAUAGCUAAAAACGCACAGGGUAAAGGUGUGGUCGAGAAAUGUUUAGAACCGGUCCGUCGCGGAAUCAGCGACGUCGCCUCGUUCACGUUCUUCAACGAGUUGACAUAUGCGCCGCGCGACGGCAGCGUUGGCAGCGACGACGUUGACGACACCUACGCGCUUGCAAGGAUAGACCCGGUGACCGGUCGCGCGUUUCCCAAAGGCGCCGAGUACGUGAAGACGAAAUACAACCGUGAUGCACAGGAGCUGUCCGGCUCCUUCCUGAGUCCCGAUAACAAGCCAGUUGACGUUGGCACGCGGACACCAGUGUCUGUAUAUGAUAACAUGCCGACGUCCACCCCCGUGCGAGGCGGUAGCUCGGCUAUCAAGGAUUGUGGCGUUACUACGCUGAGCCCGAUCAAGGAGUCGCAAGUGAUUCGUCAGGCAGACAAGCUCCGAUGUCCGCAGCUUCCACUGUGCCCGUCAGACGACAAGGAGAACAACGUCCCGUCGCGGCGGAAGGGGAGUAAAUCCGGAAAGGAGGGGAGAAGCGGGAAUCUCAAUGGCUCGAUCUUCGAGAAGCGAUAUGCGCUGCGCGUCUACCAGCGGUUCCGGGCAAGCCUACGACGCCACAGCAAAGCGCAUGAUGGUUGAUUACUAAUUAUAGUUAAUUAUCUAUUAUGAAUAAUUAAUAAACUAGUAUAUUUUAUUAAUUAGCUAUCAAUCAUAAUUCAUUUGCCUUAAGCGGGUUACAAUAGGUCACUUACUCCUACCCAGUCGGUGAUAGUGACUAUAUAAUAUCACAGCGGUUGUCUUAUUUAUUUGUUACGGACGUUUCGAUGCCUUUCGCGGGUAUUGUAAAACGGUGCCGAAACAAUGGACGAUAAUUAUUUAUUAUCGUGCGAGUCUGGGUUUGACUACGUUUGCUUUCGGUAGGGGUCGCUGAAUACGCUAUUGAUAAUAUAUUAUUAUAUUUUACAUCGCCCCGUAUGGUAUUUCAUGUUUAGAGCGUGGUUCCGAAUAUUUAUGAAAUCUUAUACCGCCCAGCUGUCAAGUUAUUCUUUGAACGUAUAGAAUGCGCUUGAAUGUGUGCGCACGUGUUUGUGUUUUUGCUUAGUACUAGUACUAAAGUACUACACUGACUACGCUUGUUUGACAUCGACUAUAACCUGAAAACGAAAUCAGUGUACGAACAUUCAUAAAAUUUAAUGAUGCUAAUUAAAUCAUCACUCUACGGUCACUCGUAACACUAAUACAUUGAUUGCUGCUGAUGCUGUAAAUACAAACCCACAAAUGCUCUUAUUGUGAAAUCGAAUAUUUAUAUGGUGCAGCGUAUAUAUAAUACAGCCUUUAACGCUAUAAAUAA